AUGGCUUUCCUUCAUGGUGUUCUCAGUGGAGUGAAAGAUGACAAAAAUGUUUCACAUUACGUAAAUAACAUAGAACCUAAGCUUAAUGAUGUUAUCGAUACAUUACAUAAACAUGUUGGCAGGGGUCGUGAGCAUUUUGAUGCCGCGAGCCGUGAAGUGUAUGCAUGGUUACAUUACUAUGAUGAGCACAUUAAGAACAGAACAAAUUACAUUACGUCACGUUUAGAGUCACUUAGCACAGAUUUAGAUGGCACUCAUAAAAAAUCUGUGGAGCAGAAUAUAGGUCAGCCACUUGCUAAGCAGUUGACGACCUGGAACGAGACGGUUGGUAACAUAUCGACCGCUGUUGGCAACAUACAUAAAGAAGUUGAUAACCUCGACCCUGCACUAAAACUAAAAAUACGUCACGAAAUAGAACCCAUAAAAACAGUAGUUAGCCACUUGAAAAAAGUUGGUGCGACUCAGGAAUUCGUUAGCCAAGUCGCGGCAGUGGACACUGAGUUGGAUAAGCAGCAGAAGAAUUUGGAGAAGGCGAUAAAUGAACAAAUUGAUAAGGUGCACACGGAGUUGGAAAAUAGAACCCGUAAGAUUAUUAGCAGUAUCGAGGCUUUGUAUGCGAAGGGAGAUGAGCAGUUCAAGGCUGUAAGGAACGCUGUGCAAGAUGCAAAAACGAACGUCGAUAGAUAUUACAAGGGUUUUGAGACGGAAUUUAUGGCACCGAUUUUGGCGUGCUUUGAUGAUAUUAAAACCCAAUUAAUGCCGGUUGAUCCUACGAGUGAGGGGACCGGUGCCUCACAUAAUAAUUCCAAGCUGAAGCAGCAAGCUGACCUAAUUAAGACAAAACUCUUGGCAGUUGCAGACCAGUUAGGGGGGUAUGUCUAUGAAUUGGGAACGUGGAUGAGUAAAAAUGAAAAAUUCAUUGAAACAGCGCAGAAAGACGCUGUUAAAAUUAUUAGAAAGGACGCCGGUUGGCAGAAUCAAAUAAAACUAGACGCGAUGUCGGAAGAAAUGAAAAAAUUGAAGGGCGAUCUGGAAAAGUAUAUUACGAAUGAUAUUAAGGGGGAGCUUGAAAAGUUAGUCCAUCAGGCUGAGACGGCGUUUGGGACAUUGAAAAUGAACGCAGUUAGAAAAGAGCCUGGCGGAUCAGGCGAUCCUAGUGUUGAUUAUAAUUGGGAGAAGCUUACGAAGAAGAUUAAGAGUCUUGUUGAGGCAAUUAACGGUGAACAUACGAAUAAACCAGAUUAUGAAGGAUUGAAGGGGAUUCAAGAAAAAGUGAAGGAGUGGGCCGAGAAUUUCAAAAAGGAGGGGGACGACGAUAAUGGUUUUAAGGGUAUAGUAAGGAGGUGGUUGGAGGAUCUUCUGUAUAGUGAACCGGUAAUGGCAUCGCUAGGGGAUUAUGCGGCAAAUAAGAAGGAUGCUGAGCUGGAAGACAUCUUCGAUGACGCUGAGACAGGUAUUUCUGGACUGGCAAAGGCGAUUGUUGGAAAGCUUACCACCGAGAUUGGUGCAGCUGUUGUGGCUGCCCAAGAGAAUCCCGGAACAACGAUUCAAGAGAAUAUCGCCGCUGUGCAGGAUGCUUGCGAUACAUUUGCCGAUGCGCUCGUGAAAAGGAUUACGAAUGAAGACAAAAACAUUUUGCAAGGUACUAAGUAUGCUUUUUUCGGUGUCAUAGCCACAGCGAUGGAUACCGCAAUUAAGAAAUCGGCAGAUGCCGCCGUUACUAGGGACAAAUAUAAGCUCACGCCCACCAUUGAUAUUAUCCUCCACCAACUAGUAGUUGUGGCCAGGCGGGCUGGAGAGGCAGUGGAGUCUCUCACCGGUGAUGGCGGUUACAACCUGGGAAGGAGCAUAGAGGAGGCUAUCAGUCAUGUAGGACUUAUCGACGAGCAGUUUAAAGAGAAAACAGAAAAUCUCGAAGCAGCUCAUUUUGGCCCGAAAAUCACAAAGGCACUAGUGACUGUUCGAGAACAAGUUGAGACACUAACCCCAAUAUUAAAUACAAAAAAUGGUUCACUCAAGUCAAAAGUCAAGGAAAUAAACCUAGAUGCGACAACAAAAAACCUUGAUAAAUGGUCGAAUGAUUUAACCCAUCAUCUUAGAGAGAUCACAUCAGCGUUUGCGAGAACGGGACGAAACAUUAAUGCGUAUUUGAACGGCUUAAACACUGAACAGAUAAAUGUUCAACUUCGCAAAAUCAAAAAUGAUAUUGAAAAACUGAAAAUAGAGCAGAUUACUACAGAUCAUUGUGAAAUCCAAACAGCCAUCAAAUCCGUCAUCGCUAUAAUUGGAGGACUUGAGAACGUACCAGCGGACGUGAAGAAAAAGAAGGGAGAAGUGGAUGACCUCUUGAAACAAAUUAAGGAAUACUUCCGCAGGCUACAACUAAAUAUUGAAUAUAUUGGUGGAAAAGUCGAUGUAGCAGAACGGGCGUUGAUAAAUGCUAUUAAUGAAGUUGACAAGGUUGUUCGCGCGGCCUACGGACAAAUCAAGCACGCAGUUGAUACACUAAAAGGCAACCUCCUAGCUGCCGUCCAAUCCGCAUUUGCCCAAGUCAUUGUGGCGGUAAAGAAACUAUAUGUAACGGAACGACUGGCUGACCUGAAAGCUCUAGGAACGGUGGUGUAUAGACAGAUAAGAGAAGUGGAAUGGAUUAUCCAAAACGACAAAGUAACCGGUGUAAAAGGAUUUUUGAAUACAUUAAAUAAGCAUUUUGCUUACCCACUUAAUAAGUUUUUAACGCCUCCUCAACCUCCAAAAGCACCUAGUGGCAACCAAGGGCAGUCUCACAAAAAAACUUUUGUCGACCUGGCGAAGAAGCUGCAUGAAUACUUCGCAAAAUUCUUCACAAACUUAGAGGGGCAGACAGAUUUUACGCCUGAUUUCAAAAUAGUUGCGCCAUCCAAGGAAGCGCUGGCCGAACUUCUCACUGGUCUUGCCAAGUCACAACAUUUCGACCAUGAAUUUAGUAACCAUUUAGAUGAACUGGAAAAUGUUAUUACAGCCUUAAAGCCGUCGGAAUUCGGCGAUGCAGAAAGCCCGAGCUUGCUAAAUGCUCUGAGACAGGGCUUCCUGCCUCUGGUCACCCAGCUUGACAAGGCCUACGUCAAUAAAUACUCCGGGGAGUACUGGUAUACCUAUGAGUCACGCAAGUAUGCGAUGGUAUGUUCUACUAUAAUGUCCACCCUGUUCCGCGAUCUGUCAUAUUUGAAAGGCAAAUGUAACGGUAGUUGGAGAUUCAAGAAAAUUCAUGCAGCCAAUGAUCUCGGUGAUUUCUUCGAUAAGCGUGGUUUUACAGUUUGCAAGGAAGAAAACAUACAGGACGGUCAAUUGCGUAAUGACGAAGACCAAAAAGGCCAGGAACUUUUUUCCGGCGUAGACAGAUUAUUCGAUGUGUACGGCACAGGACACCUUGAGAAGCUCCACGAUGCACUUAUAACGUACAACUGUGUGUGUCACAUAACUCUUCCAUCAAACCCUAAAUAUCCUAGCAGUGUACGUGACAUGCUUUCAUGGAUUUGUGGCCUACCGUUUACUCAGGUUUACGGUCAAGUUAAAAAGCAUUGCGCACAGCUACUUAAAAAGGAAGUCGACGAAGCCGGAAAAAGAUCAGAAACCCCAGACCCUGUAAUCACUGAAAUUCUAGAAACCAACCUGUGCCACAACCUCUCCGAGACAUGUCGACUUUCAUACAAUACGCUCACCAGAAUUCAGGGGCAUGGACACGGCGCGAAAAAUGCCGACUACCCCUACGCUUGUAACUUCCGUGACAACUCUCGCGGCUUUCAUUAUCCCAAUGAUGUAGGCAGUCUGUUCGAUGUGCUCCGUGAAAUAUGUCAACGUGUUCUCUCUCAGCUGACGUUCCUUCGUGGUCGGUGCCGUGCCGGGUCCCAGAUAGGUGGAUGGGCUGACUGCUCGUACGGGCAGAUGAUCCCAAGCUACCAGUGGGACUGCGACAAGUCAAGCGGAGAAGUAACCAGCAAACCAGAGUGCCAGGCAAAGUGCCAACCAAAUUGCCAACCAACGUGCCAACCAAAAUCACCAUUGCAAGCACACCUAACAGACCAGCUACCUGGAUUCAUGCCGCACGACGUAACGUCCAAGGGAAUCAAGCUUUCAUGUUCAACGUGUCCUAAAACGUCCCCUGGCAAGCCUUGUAUUACUCCGAUGGGCUUUUGGGAUUUGCCGAACUCCGCGUCCAAAAUAGGCUUCGGCAAAGAAAUAUACCAAACGCUUCACUUGCUGUGCCAAAAUGCCGGGUCACCGCUUUGUGCUUUGCUCCGAUGUCUCAAGUGUCUCUGCCCAGUGGCGCCAAAGAAUUUGGACGAUAUGUUCUCAUUCUUCUGUCAUGUUAUGCAGGGUUGGUAUAAUUCGGACUAUGCGUAUGCGGUAGCAUACAAGGGCAAAAUUGAUGAAGCCAUUAAAAAGGCUUUCCCACUAUCACUGUCGCUCCAUGAAAAUUACCAAGUUGUAGGUAUUACAGACGCACUAAGAGAUCUGUAUUAUUCAAAAGAUGACCACAGAGGCGAUGAAAUUGAAAACUGUCAUUACGAUUUAUGGAGCGUCAGCAAACACGUUCCACGAAACGAUGCGCUGACGUGUUCAGCCAAUACGUCCAUAACUUGCGCUCCCUACCUCCAGCCACUAGGCCUUCAUGCCAAUCACACAUACUCACCCAAGCACUCAGCCAUUAUUGACACUAUAAGAGAGUUAGAAGGUAAAAUAGGUAAGGGCUCUGGUGUUUCAGGAUUUUGCGACGCCAUUGGGAGUGUGCAGCAGGGGCUGCAGGGGUAUGAGGGGAAACAUACCGAGCUGACGACCAAUGUCCUCAUGGACGUAAACACUAUUAAAUCACGAAUAACGCACUUAGAUUCACAAUUUAAUGACAUUAGAUCUAAAACACUGGUUAACCAGUUAAAUGACAUUAAGCCUGUGGCCGCUGACAUGUCAUCUACAGCCGACCUGCUUUGGAAGGACAAUGAUCUGUUAGAUGACGGUCUGAAAAAGCAGUUAACGCCGGCUGUUGAAAAAGUCAAGCAGGCGGUUGGUGGCUUUAAUAGUGUCGCAGGAGAUACGGGUGUCACAACACAGGCUAGCCUAGUAGACAGGGCCAUAGAGGAAAAGCGUCAGCAUUUGGAAGGUCAAAUUAACAAGGGUGCUCUAGAACUUGAACGUAAAUUAGAUGUUGAAGUUAAGAAAAUUCAAAGUGAGUUGACGGCUUUAAAAGAUGAAACAUUAAAAUCUGAAAUUACGUUGCUGCGGCAGGCUUUACAGGAUGCCAAGGCAGAUAUUGUAGAUCUACUUGACAAUUUCGACGGGACUCAUAAACCACAAAUUAGUGAGAAAUUCGAUCAAAUUAAAAGCGCACUAAAAGAUGUAUUGCCAGAUAAGAAAGGGAAAUCACCACUUGACAAGCAGGUCGACGCACUAAAAGAAAAGGUUGGGGAUACGGAAGGCGUGUAUCAACAUGUGCUCAGAAACAUUAAGAGAGAAGUUAACUCGGCGGUAACUAGCGCCGCAGAGCAUCUCACAAAGGUGGAUGAGGCAGUUAAAAGGGAUUUGUGGACGAUUAGGCAAAAUGUUGAAGAGCAAUUGAAUAAGUACGUGAAAGAAUAUCUGCGGUUAGUUACGGAGCAACUUCGGAUAAUUAAAGAGAAGGUGGGAAAGGACAAAAACGAUAAUAAAGAUAGUAUAGCAAAGCACUGGGAGGUGCUUACAAGUAGGAUUACGACCCUUGUUAAGAUGAUCAACGGUAGAGAUGGGGAAACUGGAAAGCCAUAUUACAAAGGUCUUAAAGGAAUUAAGGAGAGAGUGAAGGUGUGGAGAGAGGGUUUCACCGACGCAAAAGGAUUUGAGAAAAUAGUGGAGAAGUGGAUAAGGAGCAUUUUAAAGGGGAACGAGGACGUCAAGUUUUGGAUUAAGCAGUAUGUUGACGAUAACAAGAGAAAGAAUGGCGAUGGUUGUUUUAAUUCGGGCAUUAUAGACACGAAGCAUAGUCAAAUUGGUGAUGAAGGAAUCCCGAAGAUCGCAGAAGUUAUUAAGGACAAGAUUAUACAGAAGCUGAAUCGUGGUGAAUUUGAGCAAACUCUAUAUUUGGCUGGAAGAUCUGGCAAUAAUAUUCAGGAUAAUCUCAACGCUGUCAGAUUUGUUUGCGAAAAGUUCGCCAAGCAGGUUGGGGAGAAACUGGCGAAGAAAGCAAAUGACAUUAAGGAUUACAAAAAGCAUUUGGAUGAUUUAGUGUCUCAGAUUGUCACUGAGAUUGAAGGUGUUUGUAAAAAUGGUGGCACUGCCACUGAAAAUGAACAUCUCGAAUACGCAAUCGCAAUCACCCUGGUGGCGCUGCAGUCCGCCUCCAGGCACACCGCUAAAGCGCUCGGGAAUUUCACUACUGCUAAAGAUAAAUCCAAAAGGAUUACAUACAAUAUCAGCACCAAUGUGGAUGCGGCUAUAGCAGGUGUUGCUCUAAUAAAGGAUAUACUUGGCGAUGAGCACGGCAGCACCAACGAGCCAGGCAGUAAGAUUACCAAGGCAUUAAAAGAUCUUGAUUCACAGAUUGAAAAGCUUCACGGCGAUCUUCGAAAGUCCACUACAUCUUCAGAUCCUGCCUCCGACCCCAAGCUUAUUCAGAUUGAAGACAGUGUGGAAAAAAGGGUAGAAAACAUUCUGAGUGACAACGUUGGGACGAAUGGUUCAGAAGGUCAAGUGAAAAAAAAUUUUGGUGAGGAUGGUUUUAUGGCAGCGUAUAAUGACGAGACGAAAUUGAAUGCAGCUGACGGUAAGCUUAGGGACAGGAUCAAUAAGAUUAACGAACCAAUCAAUAAGUACUUCGAGAAAACAUCAUCAACUAACAUUGAUUUCGACGCUCUCUCAGAAUAUAUAAAAACGCUGGAGGAGUACAACAAUGCAAUUCGCGAUGUCAAAGCCACUGUAAGCAAGCUGGAAACUGUUCCCUCGUCUAUCGAAACGAUGUCUGAAGAGACCCUUCAACUUCUACAAGAACUCAGGCAAAAUAUAAAGAGACUUGAGACACAAAUUGACGGCAUCCAAGAAAACGUGAAUAAUGCCGAACGUAAUAUAGAGGAGGCCAUCGUGUCUCUUCACGAAUCUGUAAAUAAAUCUCACAUAAAGAUCUACGAUGAGACCGAAAAUUUUAGGAAAUCCCUCCUCUCCGCCGUUAAAUCCUCUUUCGAUAGUGUCAAGAAUUCCGUCCAAUCCCUCUUCGCGCGGCAGAAGCAGGCCGAGCUCACGCAGCUGCAGAGCGUCGUCACGGAGCAGUUGGAGAAGAUAGAAGAGAUAAUCAGGGAGGAUAAAUCAACAGGGGUGAAGGGUUUUUUGACGAUAUUAAGAGAGGGAUGUUUGAAAAUUUCCUGA